GUGCAGGCGUUGGUGAAGUCACGUCCCAUGGCGCUAGCCGUUGGGGGCCUUAAGGGUCCUGAGAAUUCGAAAGGAGAAACGAGCCAAUCAGAGGAGGGCUGUGAGGAGGCGCGGUGGUUUUGAGUCGCUAUGAGGCGGCGGCGAGCGACGAGGAAGGGAGGCGGCAGCUGAGAUGGAGGCCGUGGACGGUCGUGGGAGGGAGCUGGCCCAGCUGGCGGUGCAGCAGCAACUCCGAGCCGCCUACGGAAUCAAGGCGAAGAAAGGGAAGCCUCUUCGGUCGGGGGUCGGUGGCGCUGCGAAGGGCAAAAUCUUUGGAAUACCUCUUCAUGAACUACCUCAGCAGAAUGUUCCUGAAUAUGGAAAUAUACCAUGUUUUUUGGUUGAGGUCUGUAAAUAUUUGGAAAAGCACAUGCACACUGAAGGGCUCUUCAGAAAAUCUGGAUCUGUUGUGCGCAUGAAAACAUUAAAGAGUAAACUGGAUCAAGGUGAAAGCAGCAUGUCUGAUGCACAGCCCUGUGAUGUUGCAGGGCUUCUGAAGCAGUUCUUCAGAGAGUUGCCUGAGCCCAUCCUUCCAACUAACCUGCAAGAUGCUCUUAUCAAAGCUCAGCAACUCAACAGUGAGGAGAGGAUUUCUGCUACACUACUGCUUUCUUGUCUUAUAAAUGAUAAAGCAAUUGAUACUCUCAGAUAUAUUUUCAAGUUUCUCAAAAAUGUGUCUCUAAGGUCUGCAGAGAACAAAAUGGAUAGUAGCAACCUGGCAGUAAUUUUUGCUCCAAAUCUCUUGCAAUCAAGUGAACUUGAUAAGAUGACUACUCAUGCAGAGAAAAAACUUCGUUUACAAGCUGCAGUUCUUCAGACAUUCAUUGAUCAUGCAGAUAAAAUAGGGCUUUUACCAAAACCUAUCAUGGAAAAGAUACCUACUAUGCUUGGUAUUGAUGAUCCUGGCUCAACCCCUUCACUGCAAGAUUAUGGAGAAAGUGAAAUUCAAACUCCUGGUGAGCACAUGAGAAAGAGAAGGCAGAGCAUAGGAGAUGUUGUUAGUGGGGCUCUGAAUAAAUUUAAAUCUAACAGAACACCCUCCACAACACCUCAGAGAGACACAUGUGCCUUUGCACCAGUGACUCCAGUGAUUGUUACACCGAGUUCAAAGCGCAAAUAUCCUGCUGAUUCCUCUCAAGGCUUCUCUAGCAAGAAAAGACGAUCUAUCAGACAUAACAUGGGCCUUGAACUGUUACCAAAUAGCCUUUUUAGCCUUAGCUCAACACCUGGAUCAGUUCAGUUUGAAUCAAGUCCUGCAUCAUUGGAGGCAUCUCAGAAUUCACUGUCUAUCUCAGCCAGUGGUGAAAAUCACCUGCUUAAUAUAGGAAAUCGAAGAAGCAAAAGAAUUGCCAGCAAAAAAGUACAGAGGGCUGACUCUGGAAAAAUGGGUUGCUUUUCUCCUAAAAUUAGCCGAAAAGAAAUGGUACGCAGGUCACUGCGAUUAAAGUUCAUUCUGGGAAGGAGCAGCAAAGAGUAUGAAAAGAAUUCAGGAAAGGAGCACUCUGCUAGUAACAGAUCUGAAAAUAUUGGUCGCCGACUUGCAAGUCAACAAGACAUGGAAAGUGGGUUUACUUCUGUGAAGACAAGUGCAUUGUUUAGCCCAUAUGUUGGUCCCAAGAACAGCAAAUCAGAAGAAAACUUGAAAAUUUUAAAAAGUAAUCAAGCAAGCAACCGAAUGUCCUGGACUGGCCCUUGUUCCACAGAAUCUCAGGAAACUUGUAGGAGAGGAAGUGCAUCAAUGGCAAGGUGUGAAGCAGAGCCUGUUCUCACAACCAGAGAACUGCCAGUCAUUCCAUUUAAGACUGUGGUUGCAAGAACGGAACAGGAUGACAAUAAACGGCAAACAUCCUUUUAUGAAGAUGAAAAUAAUGUGACUGCAGAUACUUUACUGAAAAUCAAGAAAGCAUUUUCUCAGUCUGGAAGCAAUCUUCAUAAUCUACUUGAAACAGAGACAUCAAAAUCAAAUUCGACAGUAGGAAAAAUGUGCCUUAGAGGACAUAACCUAGAGAGGGACCAUUUUAAAACUACAGCUCAGAAAAUGUCAAAUGUAGAGCAAAAGACUAUCUUUACAAACUCUGCUAAUGAAUCAAGUGGAAUUGACAAAUUUUUGUCAAGUACAGAUGAAAUCAAUUCUGUGGAAGGAUCACUGUCCCCAAAUAGUGCUGAGAUGGAUUAUGCGGUCCAUAGUCUACAUGAAAAUGAGGACCAGCCGGUUGCAAGGAUUUCUUCGCAGACUCAGUUAAAUAGCACAAAUACUCUUCAAAAGGAAAUACUGGAAUCCACUGAGCAAUUCAGCACGGAAGGAGUGUCUGAGGUUAAAGGACCUAUAUACUGUAAAUUGGAAACAGAGACUGGACGAUGCCUUGAAUCAAAGGAACUUCUGUCUCUGUUACCAGAAGAGGAAGACAGAACUAGCAAACGGUACCUACACCUAGAUGUAUGUGAGAAAUCUAAACCUUUCCCUUCAGGAAAGGUUGCUGACCACAUUCAUUGGUUCAACAAACUUUCAUUAAAUGAACCAUGUUCUGCAACCAAAACAAAGCCACCACUUAACUUCCAGCGGACCCCAGUUCGUCAUUCGAUAAGGAAAAUGAACUCCCUCUUAGAAGCUGAUAAGAAGACAGUUACUUGUAAACUAAUAAAAGCUGGUGAUGACUGCUCUUCUCUUGUUAGAUCGGUUAGUUAUGAAACUGCACUGUCCUCCUAUGUAGAAGGUAUGUCCAAAACCUCUUCAGCUACAUCUCUGCCUUCUGUACCAACAUGCAAGCAAAUGUCUACAUGUGAUCACUUGGCUCGAUCCUCCAAAUCCUUUCAGCAGCUGGAGAAAGCCAGCAGGGAUGGUACAAACUGCAAAGAGGCAGUGACCACUGCAAAUCACCCCAAGUCUGCCCUUGAAGACCUAACUAAUUAUGAAGCACCAAAAAUUGUUUUGAAAGCGAAUGCAAGCAUGCGUGUCUCAGGUGCUAAGUCUGAUAAAUGUGCUCUCAGGAAAACAGAAAUAAAGGCUCGCUAUAGAGGAUCCCCAAAGAACCCAAUUGCAACAUCAAAACUUCUUCCAGUUGUCAAACCUCUUGACUUAUAGGUUGAACAGACCAAUUUUAGCCAUGCCUCUGAGGUACGCAAAUAUUCACAUAUUUAAGGUUGCUGCCAGAGGGCUAGAUUUGGAAUAUCUCAGGUCCACAGGAGGGUGAUAGAGAGACCCUUGUUACAGAGGUAAUGGUGAUUUGCAGUGAUUCUCUUUCUCCCUACAGGGCUUUAUGUUCCCCUUCAAAAUGCUCUGGAAGAUUAUUAGGUUCUUACAAAGUAGUGGAGAAAAUAGGGUGCUGGAACUGUAAAGAGAUGGGGGUUUGGCACAUAUUUCCUCCAAAUAUGCAUGACUUCUGCUAGUGGGAGCAAUGUAGGAAUGCUUCUAUGUCCAAAAGAACUGGUUUUCAACCCAAAGCCUGAUUUUUACAAACAAUUCUUUUUUUUUGGGGGGGGGGGGGGGGGAAGGGGGAGGUGAAUGUUUUCACUUGGCUUUUAAAAUAAGUCUUGUCUCUUAAAUUCAAUAAGUUGUGGCUGAAACUUGAACAAGUGAAUAAGUCUGCUGGGUAGCACUUACCUUGUGGACUCUUUAUGUGAUACAAAUUGUUUGACUGAAUGGAAUGAAAUGUGUGAGUUAUAUCAUUGCAUUAAAACAAACUGUAUAAAGCCAUACUGUUCAUUUGCACAGAUAUUAGGAGCAGUUAAGUCUAAUACUGAAACUGUUUGUCCAGUGUAUAAAUUAUUUAAUUCAUUUUUCUUUUGUUUUAUGUAUGCUCUGUGAUUGGAAUGUUAACGCUGAAAUAAUAAAAAGUUUUCACCUUGUCUAUAUUUUUACUGUAGUAAUGUAAAUGUGUUGUACAUCUGAUGUAUGCAGUAAUGUGGGGAGCUGUUCCCUUUUGAAAGACUGGUCUCCUAAGCCUUUAUUUUAAUAAAAAAUAUUUUAGUAAA